AUGGCGAUAUCUCAAGAAACUUUCCAAUCCUCCGGUCGCACACCUCUGCGAGAAUACGGUCCCCAACCAACAUAUAGCACAUAUAAAUCACCUUACGGACCCAAACUCAAGCACGUUCCAAACUUCUGGGGCCUGACGCUCGGCAAGACGAUUCGUUACGGAUACCUAGCCUCAGGCUUCGGCGUGGCCACGGGGGUUUUUGCACUAUUUUUCUUCGGCGAGGUGCCCAGGGUGCGCAAGGAUAUUUUGUCCAAGAUCCCCGUCAUUGGCGAUUACUGGGUCAGGGAGGUUUCACCGGAGGAUAAUCCGUUCUAA